UCUUCUAUUCUCUCCCUUCUGUUUUUUUCUCUCCUUCUUGCUCUGUUCCAUUCACCUCCGCACUUCGUCGAAUACCUCCCCGUCGCGGACGAGCGCCGCGCGUCUUCUCCGCUUCUGGACGUCCCGCGUUUUUUCGGUCUCCUGCCGGUGGGAGGGGGAGCGGAUAGGGAGUUGGCGGUGGGUCCCGUUUGAUGGAGUGAUCGGUUGGAGGGAGGAGAAGGUGGUGGUGGUGUUGGUUUGGGGGAAGGGGGAUGGGGAGGGUGGUGUUUGGGGUGGCGUUGGGUUGCGCGGUGGUGACGUGCGCGAUCGCGGCGGUGCUGGUGGGGCGGCGGGCGCGGAGCCGGCGAAAGUGGCGGCGGGCGGUGGAAGUGUUGCGGGAGUUUGAGGAAGGGUGCGUGACGUCGAUCGGGAGGCUCAGGCAGGUGGUCGAUGCCAUGGCGGUGGAGAUGCACGCCGGGCUUGCGUCCGACGGGGGAAGCAAGCUCAAGAUGCUCCUCUCCUUCAUCGAUAGCCUCCCCAAUGGGAAUGAGAUUGGCACUUACUAUGCUCUCGAUCUUGGAGGAACUAAUUUUAGAGUAUUGCGGGUUCAGCUUGGAGGAAGAGGGUCAAUGAUCUUGAGUCGCCAAGUUGAAUGCCGGCCAAUUCCCCAAGAACUAAUGAACGGUACAAGUGAGGGUCUGUUUCAUUUUAUUGCAGUGACGCUCAAACAAUUUGUUGAACAACAAGAAGAUGAUGAUUCUGAGAAAAAACCUGAUGAGAAAAAGGUGCUUGGAUUUACGUUUUCUUUCCCAGUUAGACAGAUGUCUGUAUCUUCAGGCAUUCUUAUCAAGUGGACUAAAGGAUUUUCAGUUGAAGAUGCUGUUGGAAAGGAUGUAGCCCGGUGUUUAGAAGAAGCGAUGACCAAAGCAGGACUAAAUAUGCGGGUGGCAGCAUUGGUGAAUGAUACUGUGGGUACAUUAGCUCUUGGUCACUAUUAUGACGAGGACACUGUGGCUGCAGUGAUAUUUGGAACAGGCACCAAUGCCUGCUAUGUGGAACGCACUGAUGCAAUUAUCAAGUGUCAAGGCCUGCUUACAAAUUCUGGAGGCAUGGUUGUGAACAUGGAAUGGGGAAAUUUCUGGUCAUCACAUUUACCCAGAACUUCUUACGAUAUUGCUCUAGAUGAGGAGAGCCCGAACUGUAAUGAUCAGGGUUUUGAAAAAAUGAUUUCUGGAAUGUAUUUGGGUGACAUUGCAAGAAGGGUGCUUUAUAGGAUGGCACAGGAGUCAGAUAUAUUUGGAGAUGGUGCUUAUAAUUUGUCUAUGUGCUUUAUCUUAAGGACGCCCUUGAUGGCUGCUAUGCAUGAGGAUGAUUCUCCUGACUUGAGAGAAGUAGGAAGAAUACUGACAGAAAGUCUGCAGAUUCCUGAUGUCUCAUUGAAGGCACGAAGGCUUGUAGUAAGAGUUUGUGAUGUGGUGACUCGAAGAGCUGCCCGAUUAGCUGCUGCAGGUAUUGUUGGAAUAUUGAAGAAAAUAGGACGAGAUGGGAGUGGUGGAGUUGCAAGUGGAAGAACUAAAGGCAGACCAAGGAGAACAGUUGUUGCUAUCGAGGGAGGACUUUAUGCUAAUUAUUCAAUGUUCAGGGAGUAUCUCAAUGAAGCCGUGGCCGAGAUCUUAGGGGAGGAGGUUGCCCAAAAUGUGGUUAUCCGGGUAACAGAGGAUGGAUCAGGAAUAGGAGCUGCUCUACUUGCAGCGACAUAUUCAUCAAACCGAUAGAGAUUCUCACAAAUGUGAAUUGUAUCCUACUGUGCAAAUGUAUAAAAAAAAAGUUUCAUAUUA